AUGGAACAAGUUGAUGCUUUUAAUAAUGCAAACAACCAACGGUUUGAUCCUUAUUCCAACACCUAUAACCGCGGUUGGAGGCACAACCCAAGAUUUAGUUGGAAGGAUGAUCAAACCCAAGGCCAAUCCUCAAACUUCCAAAGACCACCACCACUACAAAGCUAUCAAAGUCAAGGGAGCUAUCAAGGUCAACCCUCCUCUUCUCAAUUUCAAAAGCCACCUCCACCACAAAGCUUUCAAAAUCCUCCUCCCGGUUUUCAAAGACCACUCCUCAAUGCUCCACCUCCUCAAGAGUCCAAUAAUGAAAAAAUGUUGAAAACUUUCAUGACUCAAGUCAACCAAAAGUUUGAUUCCAUGGCCACCAAUAAUAAAAUGCUUGAAACACAAAUUGCGCAAUUGUCAUCCUCUAAUGCUUCAAGAGUUCCCGGUUCUUUACCCCCUCAAGGGAUUAGUCCCGGUGAGAACCAUCAAGGCAAUGCUAUUGUGACAAGAAGUGGGAAAAACCUUGUGAAUUCAACUACUAAGAGUCCAACCCAAGGAGAGAGUGAGCCCAUUGAUGUGAGUGAGCCUAUUGUUGAUACCACCAUAGAUGAGGAAGAGGUUGUGGUGAGUGAACCAAUGGUUGUUGAAGUUCCAAAGAGAGUGGUCCCUCCUUACAAGCCCAAAUUUCCUUUCCCAUCUCGUUUUGCCGGAGCUAACCUUGAUGAUCAAUUUGCUAAAUUCCAAGAGAUCCUAACCAAGAAGAGGGUUGUGGAUGUGGUUGAGACUAUUAGCCUACCAGAAAGUUGUAGUGCCAUUAUCCAAAACAAGUUGCCCACCAAAUUGAAAGAUCCCGGGAGUUUUUCCAUCCCUUGUGCAAUUGGGGAACUUUUCAUAGAUAAAGCCCUAUGUGACUUGGGAGCAAGUGUGAGUGUAAUUCCAUUCUCUAUUUUUCAAAGGUUGAAUGUGGGAGAGUUGAAGCCUACCCAAGUGUCCCUCCAAUUAGCCGACCGUUCGGUCAAGCUUCCAUUGGGAAAGGUAGAGGAUGUGCCUAUGAGGAUCGGGAAGUUCUUUAUUCCCGUUGAUUUUGUGGUCUUAGAAAUGGAGGAGGACCCUAAUGUCCCAAUUAUUCUAGGAAGACCUUUUCUUGCCAACGCGGGAGCAAUCAUAGAUGUGAGAGGUGGUAGACUAUCCCUUAGUGUGGGGGAUGAGAAAAUUGAGUUUCAACUUAACCAAAUCAUGAGAUGCCCCUCCCAUAUGGAUGAUUGUAAAAGAAUUGAUAUCCUUGAUGAGAUUGUCAAUGAGUCUAUGAGCAUGCAUAUGCAUUCUACUAACGAUGUUCUUUAG